UUUAUGAUAUUUAUUAGCAUUAUUUGGUUUAUGCCAGGGAUGGUUUGAAAACUUGCUUUUUUGGCUAGUUCCAAAAUGAGCCAGGGAAAGUAGAUGGCUUAGUAACUCACUUGAGCAAGUUAUAUGUCACAACUUUGAAACUCAAUGUUACCUAACAAGGGAGAAGUGUAUUGUGUAUACACACACGCGCUAUACAAUGAAGAAGGGACAAGAAUAUGAUCUGACAAAAGAAUAGGACUGGUCUUUGAAAGGUGUCAGAGAAGUUCUAAUUGUCCAAUGUGUUGGCAGUCCAUAAGUCUGAAAGAUCAGAUGAGUCAAGAAUUGUUUGAGGCUGUGGAACAAGAAAGGAACUUUAGAGUUAAUGCAGAAAGAAAUGCUACACUAUUGCACCUUCCUGCGCUUGGAGAUUUUGGAUUACAGCAUUUACCUGUGGAUAUUGAUGAUCCUGAACUUGAAGAGCGCAUUCUUCAGCAUUUGGCUGCUGCUGUUUCAAUGGGAAGGGCUCACCAUGCGGGUCGAAGGGAGGGCUCAAGAAAUCGCUCAUCCACCAAUGACCGCCCACAAUUUUUUCAUCCUUAUUCCUCUCCUACCGCUUCUGUUUCACCUUCUUCUGCGGGAUCAAAUUCUGAUCCUGCUGCAGCCACAAUACCUGAUUCUUCUCUUUCCAUUACCCCCGGUAACAGUGAAUCAGCACGACAUAUGCCUCAUCUUUCAUCAGUUCAAAGUAAUCAACUUUCUGCUUCAUCAUCUCGAUCUGUUCUGAACCCAGCCACAGUAAAAGGAAUAUCUAUUGGUGAUAGACACUCUUCUAGUUCGUCUUUGACACCAAGCCAAGGGAGAGCUGGACCAUCAGACCUCCAGUCACUAUCAGAGUCCUGGAAAUCUCGAUUUAAUUCUCUAUCAAUGAAAUAUAAAGAAUCAAUCUCAAAGAAUACACGAGGGUGGAAGGAGAGAUUGUUUUCUCGAAGCUCUUCAAUGCCAGAUGUUGGUUCUGGUAGGAGCGAGGCGAAUGCUGGAAUUGCUAGUCUAUCUCGCCUGAUGGAACGCCUUGAAACUCGAGAAAAUAGUAGAGUUGGUUCUGUUGCAGUUACUAAUAUAGUGGAUUCUUCACACACACUCCAGAGAGACCAUGGUAAUAUGAGUACUCAUCUUGGAAAUGGAUUGAACAGAAACUCAACAGCUUCUGCUGCAAGUUCAGCUCGGAAUUAAGUCAUCUAUUUAAGCAUUUACCUGGCAUCUGUCCUCAGCAUUUCAUCUUUGAAUGUUAUUAACUUGCCGGGGUUCAAAUAUGACAUGCUGAGGACGAGAUCUCUUCCUUCAGUCUUUCCAAAGGAGCAAUAGCAGUUGCAACAUGAAUGUGAUUUGCCUGUAUAUUUGUUUAUAUACGUUAACGUGAAUCGAAUGUUGAAACAUAUCACUAGAAUCUGGUAGAGAUCCUUGUGUUGGAUAUUUACAAGAUACAACGUGAUAUAUUG